CCCAAAGUGGCGCUGCUAGUUCUUUUACUCUGCUAGCAGCCGCCGCGCAGAAAAGGAGGAGCCUGCAGCUGGCAGCUGCCUUCGAGCCGCCGACUCCACUUCGCUAGAGUUCCCUCGCCGCGCAUAAGCGGCCCGGCCUGUGGAGGCAGCAGCUGCAGCCCCAGCAGCUGGUUGCGGCGGUCAGCAACCCCAUAGCCAGUGCAGAGAUACUUGCGGAGCCGGCGGCGGUGCGCCUUUCUCGCCCUGCCUGGCCUGGGCUCCUCCUCGAUGGCCGCGGGCUGCAGGGACGGCCCGGGGCAGGAAAAGUACCGUCUGGUCGUGGUGGGCGGCGGCGGUGUGGGCAAGUCUGCGCUCACCAUCCAGUUCAUCCAGUCCUACUUUGUUACAGAUUAUGAUCCAACAAUUGAAGAUUCUUACACAAAACAAUGUGUGAUAGAUGAGAGAGCAGCAAGAUUGGAUAUCCUAGAUACAGCAGGCCAAGAAGAAUUUGGAGCUAUGCGGGAACAGUACAUGAGGACAGGAGAAGGCUUUCUGCUUGUUUUUUCAGUUACAGAUAGAGGAAGCUUUGAAGAAAUCUAUAAGUUUCAAAGGCAGAUUCUUAGAGUAAAAGAUCGUGAUGAAUUCCCUAUGAUUCUAGUUGGCAACAAAGCAGAUCUGGACCACCAAAGACAGGUAACACAAGAGGAAGGACAACAACUAGCACGGCAGCUGAAAGUAACAUAUAUGGAAGCAUCAGCAAAAAUACGACUGAAUGUAGACCAAGCUUUUCAUGAACUUGUCAGGGUUAUAAGGAAAUUUCAAGAACAAGAAUGCCCUCCUUCACCAGAGCCAGCAAGGAAGGAAAAGGACAAGAAAGGAUGCCAUUGUGUCAUCUUCUAAGAAUCCUCUGAACUAAGCUAUCAACUGCCAGAUUAAUUCUCUCCACCUACCUUUCUAUGUGUCUCGGUGUUUUGUCUUGCCUUAUAUGUGCAUGUUGUAUAAAUGGUCACCAAAGUAGCCUUAGGCUAAAAGAACCAGGCUGACCCAGUCUAGAAGACAUCUUAGUCAUCUCAGGACAGAUGUCAAAACACUAAGGCUUCUUUUAAAACUCCCCAGUUUCUUUCUUACAAAAAGAAGCUUGCACCUUGUGGAGUUUUAUUCACGGUAGAAACAAAACAAUCUUAAACAAGUUAUUGAAGUCAAGCUUAAUCAUUGCAGGUAUGGAUAUUUCCCCCCCACUUGUGACAUCCUCAUUAAUUACACUCAAGAGGGAAUCCUCUGAUAAAAAAGUAUAGUAUUUUUUAAAAAGUGGAUUUGGAGGUUUUACCCUUUAAUUAGGUUAGACUUCAGAAUUCAGCUUGCCUUACAGGAAGCCAAUACACUGAAUUUCAUUGUCAGUAAAGCUUUUGUGUUUCAGCUCUCGUUUAUGCUGCAGCUUUUCAGUGGUUGACAGUCUACUGUAUUUAUUUUAUGACUUCAGUAAUAGCUACAGGAUUAUUACUGUUACUACUAUGUGGCCAAAUACCUGGGCUCACUCCGGACUUGGGCAUUUCAGUUUUGGAAGAUUUUACAUCAUGGUUUGGAAUAAAUUGUGUCUUCCUUUUUGUAUUUCCAAGUAAGGGAUUCAAGAAAACUAAACCUGUAGCUGUUUUUGUUUUCAUGUAAUAUAAAAAGAUGAAUUUGCUCUUUUCAUUGUCAGAUGAUUAAAUGUUUUUUGCUAUAUACUUUUAUACAUUAUUUUCUUAUCAAACUAGUUAACAAGUAUUUUUAUAUGUUUGUAAGCAAAUAUGCUUUCAUGGCAUAACUUGUGUAUAUGUAAAGAUGAGUAUUUAAUUCUCACAGUACACUUUUAACUGACAAAAUUAAUGCAAGGUUUGCAGAACUGUGGUAGAACCUCUUUUCUGUUCCAGCUGUAUCCACCAGUGGCCAAUUAUGUGCCUGCCCAAUGUAUCUGUUAAACCGUCAUGUUUUUCAAAUUGCCUUCCAUAUCCUUUACAAAUGACUGACCAUUAUGUGACUAUUAAACUGUACAAACCUUUA